AUGACCAUACCAUCCAGUAAAUUCUAUGAACUCGCACAACAUCUUCAGAAGAUGAAAGGUAGAAUAGUCUACCGUGGAGACUGUGCGAAGGAUGAGCACGGACUUGCACAGGAAGGAGACACUUGGUGUCUCGGGUGCUCCUCCUUGGAGCACAGCCUGGGGUUGCUGCGACAGGGGUGGCGAAACCAGGGACUGAGGGCAGUGGCUGAGGAAGCCCUGCUGUCGAGUGCUCGCCUCUGCAGGGCAUUCAGCAACCUCGACCACUCCCUGGCCACCACCGGUGCUGGACAGGAGUCGCGUGCACCGGCGGCCACUGCCAAGUCCCGCGGGGGACGCCCUCGCAGUUCGCGGUCACCCAGGAGGGACACGCGACCAGCCAUCCCUAGGUCACCCGCUCGUGCGGCUAACGCUGAGCGAGGGAGUGCGUCCCCACCGGAGAGCGAGGAGUCCGACUUUGACGAGGACGAGGAGGAAGAAGAGCGCGUGGAGGCGCCUAUCACAGAGGUCAAGCGUGAGGACUGGGGCUCGGAAAGGCCCCCAGAACCGGAGGGCCCGCCGCCUUCGAGGCCGCAUAGCAGCCGGACGGAUCGCAAGGCCCGCGACCACCAGGGUGAGGACAAGCCCCGAAAGAGGCACUCGGGACGUGAUUCAGGACACAAGAAGAGGCGCCGAGGUGGCACCAAACACCAGCGGCGACACAAGGACAUCAAGGCGCUACUGAGAUUGCCCAUUGCCGUUUUCGGACGAGCAAUGGCGGAGUUGGAAGAAGAGGAGAGGAGCGCUUCCCCCUUGCCCGGGGAGGUUGGAUAUGCGGAACGCGUGCGAGCCGCCCUCGACGCGAGCCCAAAGCCGAGCACUCCGCAGGAGUACAAUCUUACCGAAGCUGCAUUUUGGCGUCAUCGCCAUGUGCCGGCUGGGUCGGUGAUAGAAUUCACCUCGCUGGGGGAAGACGGCGCGUCACCCGAAGGCCUGGUUGCGCUUCAAGUGCUCUCCAUCGAGUCGGACCUCGACGGGAUCUGGCUCGAAGUCAGGGUGCUUGGCGCCGAACAAGACGAGGUCAAGAAGGAUAUGCAGAAGUACUUCAAGAGCAAUCGUCGUCAAGUACAUCUUUGCACACACACCUCAACGGGGCGAUGCAAGCUGGCUGCAGAGCCGGGCUGGCAUCUUGCCGAGUUCAAGUGGUACCCGGCGGGCGACUACGUGGCACCCUUCCUGUCCGCGCAUGCGAGGAAAAAGGUGAAAGAGGGCCCACGGUUGGAGUUGGAGGCAACAGGCCGCUCAGGCCGCAAAUCCGUGGCAGCAGACAACGGGGCUUCGGCCCCCCCAAGCCUGACCGAGAAGCGGCUGGAUGCUCUGCGGGGCGCCUCAAGGCGCGUUACCUUUGGCAACCCGGGGGCGCCACCUCCAUCAUCACUGCCACCCGCUGGCGGUCCGGAUGGACGCCGGGCUGGGAUCUUGAGGAAGCCAGGGGCAGGAUCUGUUGCGCUGGCACUCUGCCCGGCGAACGGGGACAAGGUGAAGACGGAGACCAUAGACCUGACAUCCAGUCGGGACCGCUCGGAGUCAGCCUCUCGGCGGAGGAAGCGCAAGAGCGUGGGCGUUGCGCUGGCCAAAGCGGCCGCGACGCAACAGCAGGUGGCCGCGAAGAAGGAGAAGAGCAGGAGCAGCAAGAAGAGAAAGAAGAAGCGCCGCAAGAAGAGGAAGAGCAGCGACGAGGAAGACACCGACUACAGCUCAUCCAGCGAGAGCAGCUCAUUGCUGCCGCCUCUCAAGAGGCGUUCGCAGAAGGAGCCAGGAUCGGUUCUACGGCUCUUGGAGGCUCAAGCCUACGAGUUUUUGGCCAAGGACGGCGUUGUGGACGCUUUGGAAGACGAUGCAGAGCCCGUGCAACGCCCAAAGUUGGUCACAUAUUACCAACUGGCCUUGCGCCCGGCCAUGGAUCCGCACGGAAGGGACUCAAAAGAGCUUGCCCUUCUGUGCCGCUCCUUAGACCUCCUGAGGGAAGGAAAGUUGGACGCGUUAGCCGACCUGCUGGCCGCGAGGCUCAUUGCAGUGGAGACGGCGACACGCCAGGGCUGGCCGGUGGCGCGGCACCUGGAAAUAGCGACCAACGAGGAGGAGGGGACGGCCCCGGCCCAUAUCUUGCUGGCAGCUCAGCGCCAUGGCAAGCAAGUGGAGAAAGCCGGGGGGAAGGGCAGCUGGAGCCGGGCUACGACCUGGGUGAGCGAGUGGCACGCCGACCCACGGCCAAAGGGGAGAUGCAAGCGAGGGCAAGAAGGCCACGGAGGGGGCGCCGUGAUUGGACCUCCGCCUAUGGCGCUUGCCGACUCGGCUGAGGGCGAGCAAGCAGUGGAUGGCGGCCGCAUUAGUGCUGAGGCGGGUUGUGACGCCUCUAGCAAGGAUCGUCGCGCUGGCUCGAUGCAGCCGUGCGCGGAACAUGAUGGUAAUUCAAAUUGCACGUUUACAGCGACGGCGGUUGCUGAGGCAAUCUCGCCUCGGGCAAUGGCUGACUAUGGUAGGUUUGAAGGCAAUUCGAGUUGCACGCUUACAGAAGCAGUGGCCGCUGAGGUGAACUUACCUCAGGCGGCGGCUGAUUAUGAGGGGUGGCUUUUUAACUUGGGCCAGGUAGACAAUUUGAAGCAGUUUGGAAUACUACUGGCAUGGGGCGUCCGUGAAGGCUUUUCCCUGCUUUCCCUUCCGAGUGCUGGACCCCAACAGCUUGCCGGCCGAAAGGCCCAUUCGGGCGAGUUGUUUCCCCUGCCGGUAGCCUGGCCCAGUGAAUUCUCCCGGACCUGGCGCGACAACUACGCGUCCAGUAGUUUAGAUUUUUCUGUGGAAUGUUGGGUGGCAUGUACAGCUGUAGCCCUCAACAAUUUGUAUGGCUGUUCGGCGCACCUGACUGAGCGUCGGCCCGGAAAAGUUCAUGCGGCGGCCCUUCGAAACUUGAGGGACAAGGUCAAGCGGUUUUUGUUAGGUGAAGGUAGCAGGGAUUUUACUUUUGAACAGGUUGUAGCUGACCUGAAGGAAAAGAAGGUCAGCUACACAGGAGAAGAGGUACACAUCGAAAAAGGAGCCGAAAUGGAAGUGUUUGAACUCCUUGAAGAGCGGGGUGUUAUUACCUGGCUCCCGGAGUCCGAGGUUUUUCGAGACGAGACGGGGGUAAUACAUGGUGACGUCCAGCUGCUGCCCAAUGGGACGUCGUGGAUACCCCUGGUCGUCAGCGAGGGGGAAGAGCUGCGGGUUUCACAGGGUGACAUGGCGGCGGCAUUCUACCUGUACUCGGUCCCCGCGGCUUGGCAACCCUUCUUCUGCUUCAACUACAAGGUGGAAGGUGAGCGCAUCAGGAAAACAGCUGGCCAGUUUUACAGGCCGUGCUGUAGGGUGCUGCCCAUGGGAUGGAGCUCCAGCGUGGGCAUCAUGCAGCAGCUCAGCCGAGAGAUCCUAUUGACCCAAGGCCUACCAGGUGAGCUGGAGCUCCAUAAAGGGACUCCGGCUCCCGUAUGGUUCACCAAGACCAUAGCUGAGGCCAGCGAGGCUCGUGCUUGGUGGCAGGUAUACUUGGACAACUUCAUGUCGGCGGAAUGCAGCAAGAGCACCUAUGAGGGACUGGAUGCGUCCCUGCAGGGCAAAGCCAUGUCUGCGUGGCACGCUACGGGCGUAUUGACAGCUGAUGACAAGCAGGUCAUCUCGGCUGUUACCGCGGUGGAACUGGGCAUACGCCUCGACGGUCGUCUCGGGUUGUUGGGUGCGUCCCCCGAGAGACUGUUUAAGACUGCGCUGGCCACGGUGCACGUGCUGCAGAAACAUGGAGGCAGCGUGAAGGACGCCCAAAUCAUCCUGGGACGCUGGGUGUUCAUCUUGCAAUUCCGGAGGGCGGCAAUGGCGGUGCUGUCGCACUCCUGGGAAACUAUUGAGACACCCUGGGCGUCCAAAUCGAAGGUCAACUUGAUGCUGAAGGAGCUUCAGAUGCUGAUGUGCUUAGGCCCGGUCAUCCAGACCGACAUGCGGUGCGAGUAUGACGACAUGGUCACCUGCUCCGACGCGUCGGAAACUGGGGGCGCCGCAGCCCGUAGUGCUGGAUUGAGCUGGUCAGGCCACUCGCUGACCAAUGCUCUCCAAAACAGAGGCCGGCAGCCCAUCCUUUGCCCUAUAUUGGUGGUAUCACUCUUCAACGGGGUCGGCGGCGCGUUCCGCAUAUAUGACAUCCUGGGUGUCCGUCCCCUGGGAAAGAUAGCCGUGGAAAUCAACAAAGAGGCGUCCCGAGUGACUAGAACCGCUUGGCCCGAUGUUGAAGAGUAUUUGGAUGUCAACUUGCUGACCAAGGACGACGUGCGGGCUUGGGCAAACAGGUAUGGACGAGCCGAGGAAGUGCACGUGUGGGGAGGCUUCCCAUGCGUACACCUCUCUCGAGUCCGCGCGUUCAGGCAAAACCUAGCUGGUCAGGGAUCCAAUCUCUUUUGGAAACUGCUGACCGUGCUUGGGUGGAUCCGCGAGGUGUUCGGUGUCACCGCUCGCGUGAAAUGCUGCAUUGAGAAUGUAGCCUCAAUGGAUGAAGCUGCCCGCAGGGAGAUCAGUGCGGAGUUGGAUAUCCAGCCCAUCAAGUUGGAGCUCUACGCCAUGGAGGACUUGACGCUCUGGCAAGAAGGUGACUACAUCCGAGCGUAUGUCCAUGCGGGCACGCUGGAGGAUCACCAAUGGAUUCGGCCUGGGUGGCGCUGGCCCGGUGGUACUGCGCUGCCGGGAAAGUUCCCAACCUUCAUGAAGAGCAUCCCCAGGAGAGCUCCGCCGCCGUUCCCCGCUGGUCUGGCUAAGACCGAUGCGGAGGCUCGAGGCCGGUGGGAGGCGGAUCAGUUCCGCUUCCCCCCGUAUCAGUACCAAGCUAAGUUCUUGUUGGUACAUGAUACGGCGCCUCCGCGGCUGCUCGACGCUUCUGAGCGGGAGCUGCUCCUAGGGCUGGGACCAGGCCACACGGCCAGCUGCAAGUCCGCAUCCGCGGCAAAAGCGAGCUGGACAGCCUAUGAGGAUUGCAGGAAAAGCCAGUGCGGCGACUCCUUUGCAAUCCCCUCCUUUGCAAUAAUGGGGGCGGCGAUGUGUGCGGAGUGGCUGCCACGGAUGAAACCCUCACACAUUAUCAACCGCAUGGGGCUGGCACCAGGAGCUUCUGCCCAUCCGUGCGAGGCAGUUCCGCUGACGCGCUGGUUAGCGUAUGGGCCUGAUCCCACGCCCCGCUUUAACCCCGAUAUCUUGGUGCGGCACCUGGGCCUGCAGGUCAAUCAGACGGGAUCAGAUGUGCGACUGCUGACAGGUGAGCCCAUGAGUCGCAGAGGUGCCCAUGGAUCGUUGAGAGCGUGGUGGUGGCAAUGGAAGAACCUCUUCAAGGUGCGGUGGAUAGCCCCAUCCCAUAUUAACUAUUUGGAGAUGAAGAUGAUCCUCCUCACGUUGCUCUGGAAGCUGCGCGAUGUAUCUCGGCUAAACAAGCGCUGGCUGCACUUGGAGGAUAGCAUGGUAUGUCUCUACAUAUUAGCAAAAGGGAGAACCUCCAGCCGUUUGCUCCAACCCCUGUCCAAAAGGAUCGGGGCCCUGCAGCUGUUUGCCGGGGUUAGUGUUCUGCAUGGCCAUGUGACCAGCCUGGAAAAUCCUACGGACCGUGGCAGCCGCGCAUAA